AUGAACCCUUUCCUUCCAUUGUCCGUUGCACUCAGCAUUCUUUGCUAUCCCCUGAUAUUUUACCUCCCAGAACCCGACGGCUUAGCCAUGCUGAGAUGGGACCUGAGAUGGUACCUGAUCGGUCCUCCUAUUGAAAAGCCUCGGAUCAAAUCUACAUGGCCCGUCACGACUCUCAACGUCCAGCCCAUCCGCUACUGUUUCGUCGCCGAGUCCGACUAUGACACCCUCUCAGCGCUGCUCACCGCUGCCAUCAAGAAGUGGGAUCUCGCCAUCUCUCAAUCUGCUCUUCAAAUCAUCCCAGAUCAACUACCGACAAGUCCCGAUGACCACCAUCUCUGCUCUGAUCCGAACGUCAGCGAGGAUGCACUGCAGAUCGAGGACGUGACGGACGAGCCGAAUCCGUACAGCAUAGGCAGUUUCACCGUCGUGGGAUAUCUCGGCGACGACGCUUAUCACACGAUAGACUUUCGAAGACAACAUGGACGGAGCGACGGGUCACGAGGCGUACAGGAAGAAGACGCGAUUGCUAUGGCGCAUGAGUUGGGUCACGCCAUCGGAUUCGCCCACGAACACAGCCGUCCCGACGCUGCUGAACAUAUCGACUUUUACUGUGAUCACCUCCCCGACUUCGAGGAGGUCAUGUACAAAAUUUGGGCCUACGGAAAUCAAGACACGAUCGAAGAAGCCUGCACGAAUCGCACCAUCGCUGAGAAGUACCACUUUUCCGCUAGAAAUUGGCUCGCCCACUCACCACCUUACGGCAAGGUCGACCAAUUGCUCUGGUCGACUCCCUUUGAGGUUGACUCCAUCAUGAUUUAUCCCAGCGAUGUUUUCGGCGACCGAUUCCUGCCGGUGAUUUUGCGCAAAGACGGAUCUGUUGUCAAGAUGGCGGGUGGGAAGGGAGAAAUUUCGGCUGGAGACGCGGCGAGGGUGGCGAUGUUGUAUCCCAAGCGGAAUUUGUUCGAGAUAUGA